UUAUAUAUAUAUAAAUGUGUACAGUGAAACUCACACACACAACACACAGUGACAUAUAAUAUAUAUAUAUUUAUUGCUUUGCAAAAGUCAGCGCCAUCUUUUGUAACCAAGAAGAACAAAACGGAGGAAUAAUUAAACAGAGAACAUUUCCUUUUUUCCGUGAUGGAUGAUGACUGGGAUCUGCACGCGGUGGUGAGAGGAUGCGCCGCCGCCGCCGUGUCGACCAACACAGCCUCCGCCGCCGCAAAUAAUGACGACCCUUUUCCCAGCUUCUCAUACAUGUCUUUCCACGACGACCAAACCUCAUUUGAUUUUCCCGAUCUCGUCGUCGACGACACAAACGGCGACCCUUUUCAGGGCUUGCGAGAAAUCUACCAGGAAUUCUGCGUCGACGACGACGCGCCGCCGCCGCCGCAAACGACCACUGCUCCGGCGGCGGAUAUCGCCGCCGACACUAACUGGGCAAUCUCCGCUAAUCCUUCGGCCAACUUCUUUCAACCACGUCAAGAAAUUGCGCAAAUAAAACCUCCACAGCACAGUCAAGAGAAUAUACAAUUUAAUAAUAAUAAUAAUAAUCAUAGGCCUGGUUCUUCUUCCUCCUCUCACAAUUUUCCAGCCGCCAUUAAUCCGCAGCCAAUAAGACCACGAAGAAGGAAAAACCAGCAGAUGAAAAUGGUGCGUCAAAUGACACAAGAAGAGCUGUCCGCUGAUUCUUGGGCAUGGCGGAAGUACGGUCAGAAACCCAUUAAAGGAUCUCCAUAUCCGAGAAACUACUACCGGUGCAGCACAUCAAAAGGAUGCGCCGCCAGAAAACAGGUGGAGCGCAGCCCAAACGAUCCGGGGAUUUUUGUGGUUUCGUACACCGGCGAGCACACACAUCCACGGCCAACUCACCGGAGCUCACUCGCCGGCAGCACCCGGAGCAAACUAUCUUCUUCAACAGCCACCGCCAAAAACAGUAACAACAACAACAACGCGGCGGUUUCACAUCAUCAGAAGAGCGGCUCGAUCUCAUCAUCUUCACCACCACCGGCCGCGGCGGCCGCCUCUGGCUCGAGUUUUUCUCCCAACACUCCGUUAAUGGAAGGUGGAGCUGCGACGGCGGAGAAAGACGUGGAGAUGGCGGAAGAAGAGAACAAUAUUAAUCUUAUGAUAUCAAAUGAUAUGAUCAUGAACGAUGAUGAUGAUGAUAUUUUGUUCAAAGGAUUUCAAGAUUCCGAUCAUGACUCCGGUGGCGGCGGUGGUGGUGGUGGGAACUUGUUUUCGAGUGGUUUGCUCUCAUCUCCGCCGUGGACGCCCACCAGCUCCGCCGUGGUCUGAGUUUACGGGGGGGAUGAAG